AUCGACAUCCCGCGGAUUGUGCUCACUAAUCCUCACAAGAGUCUGGAUCAUAUCCGAGGUUAGAAAUUCGUAUAUAGUGAGUACCAGUACCUGAUCUACUUCCUUGACACUUGUAGACAUGGGAAACCUAUGGUUGGAAACUCCUUUGAUUCAUUCUCCACACAUUUCAGCUCGCCUUGGGUGUAAUGUGUACUUGAAGUUAGAGAGUCUCCAGCCCAGUCAAUCGUUCAAAUAUAGAGGCAUAUCACAUUUCAUUCAGCAUGCACUAGCUCAGUACGGACCGUCCGUACACCUCGUAAUAGCCUCAGGCGGAAAUGCUGGUCUUGCUGCUGCAGUUGCAGCGAAGGCAUUGGGGCUUUUAUGUACGGUAUACCUCCCGCAGGGGGCUGGAACCCCAUCAAUAUUGCAAUUCUUUGAGCAAGCAAAUGCCGAUGUUAAGGAAGAGGGUAAUUGCUACGCUCAAGCUCUGAAGGCUGCUGGAGAAGCGGUUGCUUCCGACCCCAAAGCUGUCUUAGUUCCUGCUUAUGAGGACCCUAUACUUUGGGAAGGCCAUGCCUCCAUGAUCCCUGAGAUUGCGAAGCAGCUACCACAAGGAACGAAGCCCGAUGCGAUUCUAUGUAGCGUGGGAGGAGCUGGCCUCAUUGGCGGUGUGAUGUCGGGCUGCAAGCAAGUCAACUGGGAUGAUGUCCCCCUUGUAGCAUUAGAGACAACAGGGUCCAACUGCUUCUACAGAUCCUUAGCCCUCAAUCCUGGUCCCUUUGUGAGCCAGCAAGGGGUCGCAGCGGACACUGAGGUCAUAGACGUCCCGGAGCAUGGAAUCAAGAUUGCCCACGUUCCAAAGAUCACUUCACGUGCAGCUUCUCUUGGCGCUUCUGCUCCAGCUGCAGGUGUAGUCAAGAUGGCGCUGCAACGUAGCGGCGGCAUAAAAUCUGUUUGCGUCCCGGACGAAUUGUCGAUGCAUGCGGGUCUGCAAUUUGCAGAGGAACACAAGAUGCUCGUGGAGCUUGCUUGUGCGACCACUAUGAUACCAGCGUACUCGUCGGAUAUCUUCAAUAGACUAGUACCGGAGAGGUCAGACGGCAAGGAACGGACUGUAGUAUUCAUUGUCUGUGGCGGGUUCAAGAUCUCGCUCAAUGAGAUGGUUGAACACGAGGCACUUGUGAAUCGAGCUCUACAGGAAAAGUCUGGACAUUGGGAAGUCUUCUGUAAUGGAGCACAGUGGGAUAUUCCUCAGCAAUAGAAUAGCUGUAGACGUUCAUGUAGGGAAACUGCUCAACGAUACCACAGUAUCCUUAGAAGGCUGCAUUCAUAAGAAGCAAACCAUAUUCCUCUAAAAAUAAUGGCGAAUGAAUGGUCCAGACUCUGCUUGGC